GACUAAUAAAAUUCCGUUAGACUUUAUGCGCCUUUUGUGCUUAGGAGUAGAACGAAAAAUGAUUGCUAUUAGGAUAGGCGGAGGCGGCAUCUUACAAGCACGAUUGCCACAUAAAAAUUUUCUAUUAAAUCUCUUCGUAGUAAAUUUUGGGCUUUAUAAUGGAAAACGGUAUAUUUCUCAUAAUGUACACGGCCUACUGCAUACUUGCGAAGAUGUAAAAAUGUUUUGGCUGUUAGAGAAUUACAGUACAUUUAAAUUUGAAAGCUAUAUAUCUUCUAUAAAAAAAUUGAUUUGA